AUGUGUUAUGCAAAUCUGUUUAAUGUAAAUAUCAUUUCAGUAACGGUUUAUGAACAUAGGUUCAAUUCUGGUAUGCCACAAUCAGUUCAUGCCAAAAUUUCAUUGAGACUGGCAUGCCAAAAAUGCAUACAGCAAUAUAGUUUUGAUCAUGUUGCUUUACGUGUUGAGAUGAUGAGUUCAGUUGAGACCUUUGAUGAUAUAAGGAAGUUUAUCUUUCAUUUUGAGGAAGUUUGGUCGAAGGAUUUGAGGUGUGAAGAAUUGAUCUGGCAAAAUUGGAAUGGUAUAUUUACUUCCUCCUCACCAUCUGAUAUUCCUAAGGCAUGUGCCAUUGUUGCUAACAAGUUAUCUGAGGAGCAUAAAAUAUGGUGUGAUGCUAUGUUUUCUAAGGGUGAGAUGAAGAAGGUGUUGUCUCACAUGUAUCCUACAAAAGCUUUGGGGCCUAAUGGUCUUCCAGCUUUAUUUUUCUAA